AUGGCUUCCCUCAUCAACGUUCGUCGCGACGUCAAGGACGCUUUCUAUCGCUACAAGAUGGAAAAGAUUGUCACCAAGAUUGAGGGCAAGGGCAACGGUAUCAAGACCGUUGUCGUCAACUUGAGCAGUGUCGCUCAGUCUCUCGCCCGUCCCGGUGCCUAUGUCAUCAAGUACUUCGGCUUCGAGCUCGGUGCCCAGACCAACGUUGACCCCGCUGACGACCGCUGGAUUAUCAACGGCUCGCACAACGCCGCUAAGCUGCAAGACCACCUUGAUGGCUUCAUCAACCGCUUCGUUCUCUGCAAGAAGUGCAAGAACCCCGAGACCGACGUCAACAUCAAGGAUGGUCGCAUCCUCCUCGACUGCAAGGCCUGUGGCCAGCGUUCCGAGGUCGACCUCCGUCUGAAGCUUAGCGGUUACAUCCUGAAGAACCAGCCGAAGAAGGGCAAGAAGGACAAGGCCGAGCGCAAGGCUGCCCGCCGCGCGAAAGCCAACGGUACCAAGGAGAAUGGAGGAAGCGGAAGCGGCGGAGAAGGAUCUGAGAACGGCUCCAACGAUGCCGACGACCAGGAUGUUGGUAGUGAUGACGAGUUGGAGAAGAUGAAGAAGGAGGCUCCCGAGAUUGACCAUUUUGAGACCCAGGAGCACGAGUGGGCCGUUGAUAUGAGCGAGGAAGCCGUCAAGGCUCGCCAGGCUCAGCUCCCCGGCGAAUUCAAGCAGAAGCUCAACAUGGGCGAUGACGAGGACGAAGAUGGCGAGGCCUCCGGCAGCACCGUCUACGACGAGUUUGGCACAUGGAUCCAGGAUGAGGCCACUGCGAAGGGCAGCAUUGACAAGGUCGACUCGAUUGACAUCUUUGUCAAGGCCAAGGAGCUUGGUAUCGAGACCAAGCACCGUUCCGUCCUGGUUCUGGUCCAGACCAUCUUUGACGAUAACAUUCUCGCUCAGGUCCCCAAGCGCGCCGGCAUGAUGAAGCAGUUCGUCACCUCUGAGCGCCACGAGAAGGCCCUCCUCGGUGGUACCGAGCGCCUCAUCGGCCAGCUCGCCAAGGAGCACUCCGACAUCUUUGACAAGGUUAUCAAGAUCCUCCAGCUGUACUACAACCACGAUCUCCUCAGCGAGGAGGUCGCCGUCAAGUGGGGCAGCAAGGCCAGCAAGAAGUACACCGAUCUGUCCACCUCCAAGAAGGUCCGCAAGGCCGCCGAGCCCUUCAUCAAGUGGCUCGAGGAGGCCUCGGAGGAGGAGUCGAGCGAGGAGGAGGAGUAA